AUGGAGAAUCAUGUUACAUCCUCGUUGUAUGAUUCGAUUGGGGAGCCAAAAAACGCGCCUCGAGUUGGCGAUGAAUAUCAGGCUGAACUGCCUCAGUUUCUUGGAGAUUCGAACACUGUGUCUCACUCAAUGGACUGUGCAGAUGAUGAGACCAAAGGUGAUUCCCUGCAAAAUUUCCACAUUGGUUCGCGUAUAAAGUUGGCAUGGAUAAGCAGUGAGCAAUCUGGUAUAAGGGGAUCACUUGAUCGGAUGGAUGAAAUAGACGAGCGCAGUGGUAAAGACUAUCGCUUGGUGCCUGAAAUCUGCGAUGAAUGCUGGUCUGAAGCUGAGAAGGGCAGUUUCCUUCUUGGAUUGUACAUAUUUGCAAAGAACUUUGUCGAGAUAAAGAAAUUUGUUGGGACGAAGGAUAUGUUAGCUGUGCAGUCGUACUACUAUGGGGCGUUCUACUCUUCACCGGAGUAUCGCAGAUGGUUCAGCGCUAAGCACAAGAGAUGCAAAUUAGGCCGGGGAUUGUUUUAUGGGCUAAGGCUGCAAGAAUUUCUAUCUCGGGUGCUACCAAGAGUAGGGGAGGAGUCUCAGAAUGCUCUAUUGGAGGUUUCUAAAUCAUUUGAGAAUGAAAAGAUAUCAGUGGCAGAGUAUGCCUUCCGUUUGAAGGCGAUGAUUGGUACAGAGUUGCUCGUGGAAGCCGUUGGCAUUGGGAGAGAACAUCAAGAUCUCACUGCAAUGGCUACGAGGCACUCAAAGACACGCCAUGAUAUGCCAUCAGAGAAGGUUUAUACCUCACUUACAACAGCGGAGAUAUCGAACUUGUUGAGUGGAGAGCACCGGCUGAGCAAGGCCAGAUCGAAUGAUCUUUUCUGGGAGGCAGUCUGGCCGCGUCUCCUAGCAAGUGGCUGGCACUCGGAGGAGGCCACGAACUACAGAGACGUUGCUACUUCAAAUGCAAGUCCUAGCCUAGUUUUUCUUAUCCCCGGAGUGAAGAGAUUUUCGAGGAGAGAACUGGUGAAAGGUGAUCAAUAUUUUACUACUGUGGCUGAUGUGUUGAGAAAGGUUGCUCAAGAGCCUGCCCUGCUCGAGCUCGACCAAGAAGGCGUUGGUCGCAGCAACGAGGCAGAACAACGUGGAUUGCCUAAUGAUGAGAAUCUUUGCAGUUUUUCCUUCACUGUGGUGGAUACAGGCCUCCCAGAUGGGAAGGUAGUCGAAUUCAGAACCUUCCCAUCUGCAGCAGAGAUUAGUCUUGAAACGACUGAUGAGGAUACAAUCCUAGGCAAGAAACGCAGCCAUGAUGCCAUGGCUGCGGAUGAAGAAGCUCGUGCGACUUCCCCUGAUGCAAGAUCUGUGUCAGUGCACAAGAAACGCACCACUCGAGGUCAAGAUGAAGAUGAAGUAAGCAAGAAUGUUGAUAUAUUGCCAUCCACAAGCAGUAGCAGCAACAUUGAACCUCAGUUUUUUAUUGACCUCAACUUUCCUCCAGAGGCCGAGGCUGGGUCCUUUUUUGCUCAUCACGAGCAAGAUAUGAUCCACGAGCAAGAUAUGAUCGCUUCAAAAAACAAUGCUAGCUCGAACCAAACAAGGUUUAGCACGAGGCGUAGGCCUCCAACGACGAGAGUUCUAGAAGCUUUUGCGCACGGAUACUUGAGUGUGAACAAGAAGCAGAAGAAGAAGGAAGACGGAAUGAGCAAGCAAUGUAGAGGUGGAGGCCGACCAUGA